AUGGCGGAAAAGUGCGACUACAUCGCCAACAUGUACGGCUACGACUUGGGGGGCCACUUUGUGGAUUUUAAGCCGUUGGGUUUUGGAGCCAACGGGUUGGUCCUGUCGGCCACGGACAGCAAGAAUUCCCGGAAGGUGGCGGUGAAGAAGAUAACCAUCGGCGACUGCCGGAGCGUGAAGCACGCCUUUCGGGAGAUAAAGAUCAUCCAGCGUCUUAACCACGACAACAUCGUAAAGGUUCAUGCCGUGUUGGGGCCAAGAGGGGCCGACCUGCAGGGGGACGUAUUUAGAUACAAUGUGGUGUACAUCGUUCAGGAACACAUGGAAACGGAUCUCGCUCGCCUUCUAGAACAAGGUCCGCUCAGUGAGGAACAUGCCAAGCUGUUCAUGUACCAGCUGCUUCGAGGCCUGAAGUACAUCCACUCGGCCAACGUCCUACACAGGGACCUGAAGCCAGCCAACAUUUUCAUCAAUACCGAGGACCUUGUCCUGAAAAUUGGAGACUUUGGUCUGGCGAGGAUUGUGGAUCAGCACUACUCUCAUAAGGGUUACCUCUCAGAAGGACUGGUGACUAAGUGGUAUCGAUCGCCCCAUCUUCUCCUCUCCCCUAACAAUUAUACCAAAGCCAUUGACAUGUGGGCCGCCGGCUGUAUACUAGCUGAGAUGCUGACGGGAAGGAUGCUCUUCGCAGGAAGCCAUGAGCUGGAGCAGAUGCAGGUGAUCCUGGACACCAUUCCAGUGAUCCAUGAAAAAGAUAAAGAAGAACUUCUUAAAGUGAUGCCAUCGUUUGUUAACACCACCUGGGAAGUGAAGAAACCUCUGAGGAAGCUUCUGCCAGAGAUAAACCUGGAAGCUAUCGAUUUUUUGGAGAAAAUCCUGACCUUCAACCCCAUGGACCGGCUAAUAGCUGAAGUGGCUUUACAGCACUCUUAUAUGGGUCCCUAUUCCUGUCCAGAGGAUGAGCCCAUAUCGCUACAUCCCUUCCGGAUAGAGGACGAGAUCGACGACAUCUUACUGAUGGAGGCCAGUCAGAGCCAGCUGUCUAACUGGGACAGAUAUCAAGUGAGUAUGUCUUCUGACCAGGAUUGGAGACAAGGCCAUAGCCACGCCAUGAGUGAUGUUCAGCGGGACCCACGUGCUGGAUCAGGGUCACUUGCUGAAGAAGCUCAAGUUGACCCCCGCAAGUACUCUCAAAGUAGCUCGGAAAGAUUCCUUGAACAGUCACACUCCUCUAUGGAUCGGGUUUUUGAGGGGGAUUGUGGAAGGUCGUGUGAAUACAAAGUAGGCUCACCCUCCUACCUCGAUAAGUUACUAUGGAGAGACAACAAGCCCCACCAUUACUCUGAACCUAAACUUAUUUUGGAUCUUUCCAAUUGGAAAAAGACUACUAUACCACCUGCAGGAGAUAUUGCCUUGGGAGAAGAGCCAUCCAAUCUGUUUCUGGAGAUAGCUCAGUGGGUGAAGAGCACCCAAGUUGGACUUGAAUGUCCACCGAGUCCUGUUUCUGAGAUGCAAGAAGAACAUCAACCUUGUCCUCAUCAGGAGGACCAGAGCUCUAUCAACAAGGAUGCUGAUUCCUCUUUUAAUCUGGAUGUUUUUAUUACCAGGGCACUUAAAUUAUGUACUAGCCAGGAAGAAAUACCUGACAAUAAACUCAGUGACAUCAACGGGGCUUGUAUUUCUGAGCACCCAAAGGAUAUUGCACAGAAGGAAGUAUUCCAUAAGGACAGAUGGUAGAAUGAACGGUUGGGCUUUAAAGGGGGUGUCUUUUUUUCAUAAAAAUAUUUAUGAUAAUACACCAACAGUAUACCAAUGGAAUAUUUUACUGAGAACAUUUUUUAGGCCUUUGGUGUAGACUUUGUUUUUAUCUAGGAUACUGAGCAAUGUACAGUACUAACAAAUACUUGCCAACAGUUCUAGACUGCCAGGAUUCGGUUAGGGUGGGUCUGGGACUGAAAAGGACAUGGGGUCUUGAUGGUGUUUAGGUGUAUCUAGGCAGAGUUUUGUCAUUUGUGCGCAGAGUGUGAGCUAGGGCUGGAUUCCCC